AUGCUGCGAAAUGUGCUCAUCAUGGCGUCUAGUGGAAUCGUACUCUUCUCCAAAGAAUACGCCAAUGCUGUCGCCCAGCCUCGAUUAGUUGGCUCUUUGAUUACUGCGAUGCUUGAGUUUUCGACUAAAACAAGUGGCGCGCCAGUAUCGUACAUCCAAAUGUCUUUCGUGGCGGUAACGGUAGUGACCAAUGACAAGCAUAAGGUUUUCUGCGCCAUGUUUCAUGAUACGACGGACGGUGCGAGUUUUUCAGCUUUUGUGGCGCAAGAAUUGCUGGCAGCGUUUAUUGCGCAACACGGAGACGAACUGGGCAAUAUUGGACACAACUUGAGGGAUUUUCACCGCUUCCAGUACCGAAUACUCAGCGUCAUACGCGAGUCGGUAAAACCUAUUGUCAGAAAAUUGCAAAACCAACGGGGUAUUUUGAAAGCAAUGCUUGUGGUCGAUGGUGCCGUAACAUGUGCCACAGGAGACGUAGAUCCAAUUGGCGUGUUGGCGAACCUCCAGGCACUCGUGAACAGCUCGAUCGAUACUAUGUCAUUUUCAGGCGAUGGUGUACAUUCCAUGACUAUUCAAAGCGGACGUAAUUCGUGCAUACAAGUGAGUGUUGUAGAAGGUAACGAUGCGUUGGUUGUAGUCUACAAGAAGGGCGCACAAGCCACCAAGAACACGGCGGCAAUAGGAGAGUGCGUUCGAGCACUACGGCAUGUUUGUGUAUUAGUGCGCACAUUGCAACAAAACUCACGGUGA